CCCAGCAAGCUCCUUCAGGCUACAUUCUACUUGCUCUUCUGGUGAAGGAAGGAAGUUCACACAUAUUUGCUAAAGAGGGAUACUCUUCUAGAAAACAUGGUUGCCAUAUUCGACUCACAAUCAAGCACUACACAAAGACAUGGGCACCGCCAUGAGCAAUUAGGAGAUGUCACCAAACCCUCUGGAACUCAACAUGGACAAACCUCAACUGCAUUCGGAAGUGGCAGACACAGGGAAUCCAGUGUUGGUCAGGACAGUGACAGCGAAGGACAUUCCGAAGAUUCCAGCAGACAAUCUGUGACCACCCAUGGAAGAUCUGGGACCAGCUCAAGGAACCAACCUGGGUCUUCCCAGGGCCAGGCAGGCGGCAGUUCUGGUCACUCAGGGGCACAUCAGGGGCGCACAGACACACGUAGGCAGAGAGAAUCUGUGCACGCAGACUCAGGAGCCAGCACUAGCCACACACAGGGGCGCCACCAUGAGCAAGCAAGAGAGGGCUCCAGAUACUCCAGAACUGGACACGGACAAACCUCAACUGCAUCCGGAAGUGGCAGACACAGGGAAUCCAGUAUUGGUCAGGACAGUGACAGCGAAGGACAUUCCGAAGAUUCCAGCAGACAAUCUGUGACCACCCAUGGAAGGUCUGGGUCCAGCUCAAGGAACCAAUAUGGGUCUGCCCAUGUCCAAGCAGGAGGCAGUUCUGGUCACUCGGGGUCGCAUCAAGGGCGCACAGACACACGUAGGCAGAGAGAAUCUGUGCACGCAGACUCAGGAUCCAGCACUAGCCACACACAGGGGCGCCACCAUGAGCAAGCAAGAGAGGGCUACAGACACUCCAGAACUGGACACGGACAAACCUCAACUGCAUCCGGAAGUGGCAGACACAGGGAAUCCAGUGUUGGCCAGGCCAGUGAUAGCGAGGGACAGUCAGGAGAUUCAGGGAGACAGUCUGUGACCUCUCAUGGAAGGUCAGGGUCCAACUCAAGGAACCAACAUGGGUCUUCCCAGGGCCAGGCAGGAGGCAGUUCUGGUCACUCAGGGGCACAUCAGGGACACACAGACACACGUAGGCAGAGAGAAUCUGUGCACGCAGACUCAGGAGCAAGCACGGGCCACAGACAGGGACACCACCACGAGCAAGCAAGAGAGGGCUCCAGACACUCCGGAACUGGACAUGGACAAAGCUCAGCUGCAUCCAGAAGUGGCAGACACAGGGAAUCCAGUGUUGGUCAGGCCAGUGACAGCGAGGGACAUUCCGAAGAUUCUGGGAGACAUUCUGGGACCACUCAUGGAAGGUCUGCAUCCAGCUCAAGGAACCAAUAUGGGUCUGCCCAUGUCCAGGCAGGAGGAAGUUCUGGUCACUCAGGGUCACAACAAGGGCGCACAGACACACGUAGGCAGAGAGAAUCUGUGCAUGCAGACUCAGGAUCCAGCACUAGCCACACACAGGGGCGCCACCAUGAGCAAGCCAGAGAGGGCUCCAGACACUCCGGAACUGGACACGGACAAACCUCAGGACACGGACAAACCUCAACUGCAUCUGGAAGUGGCAGGCACAGGGAAUCCAGUGUUGGUCAGGACAGUGACAGUGAAGGACAUUCCGAAGAUUCCAGCAGACAAUCUGUGACCACUCAUGGAAGGUCUGGGUCCAGCUCAAGGAACCAAUAUGGGUCUGCCCAGGGCCAGGCAGGAGGCAGUUCUGGUCACUCAGGGUCACAUCAGGGACGCACAGACACACGUAGGCAGAGAGAAUCUGUGCACGCAGACUCAGGAGCCAGCACUAGCCACACACAGGGGCGCCACCAUGAGCAAGCAAGAGACGGCUCUAGACACUCUGGAACUGGACACGGACAAACCUCAACUGCAUCCAGAAGUGGCAGACACAGGGAAUCCAGUGUUGGCCUGGCCAGUGACAGCGAAGGACAUUCCGAAGAUUCCAGCAGACAAUCUGUGACCACCCAUGGAAGGUCUGGGUCCAGCUCAAGGAACCAAUAUGGGUCUGCCCACGGCCAGGCAGGAGGCAGUUCUGGUCACUCAGGGUCGCAACAAGGGCGCACAGACACACGUAGGCAGAGAGAAUCUGUGCACGCAGACUCAGGAUCCAGCACUAGCCGCAGACAGGGGCGCCACCAUGAGCAAUCAAGAGACGGCUCUAGACACUCUGGAACUGGACACGGACAAACCUCAACUGCAUCCAGAAGUGGCAGACACAGGGAAUCCAGUGUUGGCCUGGCCAGUGAUAGCGAAGGACAUUCCAAAGAUUCCAGCAGACAAUCUGUGACCACCCAUGGAAGGUCUGGGUCCAGCUCAAGGAACCAAUAUGGGUCUGCCCAGGGCCAGGCAGGAGGCAGUUCUGGUCACUCAGGGUCACAACAAGGGCGCACAGACACACGUAGGCAGAGAGAAUCUGUGCAUGCAGACUCAGGAGCCAGCACUAGCCACACACAGGGGCGCCACCAUGAGCAAGCAAGAGACGGCUCUAGACACUCCAGAACUGGACACGGACAAACCUCAACUGCAUCCAGAAGUGGCAGAAACAGGGAAUCCAGUGUUGGCCAGUCCAGUGAUAGCGAGGGACAGUCAGGAGAUUCAGGGAGACAGUCUGUGACCUCUCAUGGAAGGUCUGCAUCCAGCUCAAGGAACCAAUAUGGGUCUGCCCAGGGCCAGGCAGGAGGCAGUUCUGGUCACUCAGGGGCACAUCAGGGACACACAGACACACGUAGGCAGAGAGAAUCUGUGCACGCAGACUCAGGAGCCAGCACUAGCCACACACAGGGGCGCCACCAUGAGCAAGCAAGAGAGGGCUCCAGACACUCCGGAACUGGACACGGACAAACCUCAACUGCAUCUGGAAGUGGCAGACACAGGGAAUCCAGUGUUGGUCAGGCCAGUGACAGCGAAGGACAUUCCGAAGAUUCCAGCAGACAAUCUGUGACCACCCAUGGAAGGUCUGCAUCCAGCUCAAGGAACCAAUAUGGGUCUGCCCACGGCCAGGCAGGAGGCAGUUCUGGUCACUCAGGGUCGCAUCAAGGGCGCACAGACACACGUAGGCAGAGAGAAUCUGUGCACGCAGACUCAGGAUCCAGCACUAGCCACAGACAGGGGCGCCACCAUGAGCAAGCAAGAGAGGGCUCCAGACACUCCAGAACUGGACACGGACAAACCUCAGGACACGGACAAACCUCAACUGCAUCUGGAAGUGGCAGGCACAGGGAAUCCAGUGUUGGUCAGGACAGUGACAGUGAAGGACAUUCCGAAGAUUCCAGCAGACAAUCUGUGACCACCCAUGGAAGGUCUGGGUCCAGCUCAAGGAACCAAUAUGGGUCUGCCCACGGCCAGGCAGGAGGCAGUUCUGGUCACUCAGGGUCGCAACAAGGGCGCACAGACACACGUAGGCAGAGAGAAUCUGUGCACGCAGACUCAGGAUCCAGCACUAGCCGCAGACAGGGGCGCCACCAUGAGCAAUCAAGAGACGGCUCUAGACACUCUGGAACUGGACACGGACAAACCUCAACUGCAUCCAGAAGUGGCAGACACAGGGAAUCCAGUGUUGGCCUGGCCAAUGACAGCGAAGGACAUUCCGAAGAUUCCAGCAGACAAUCUGUGACCACCCAUGGAAGGUCUGGGUCCAGCUCAAGGAACCAAUAUGGGUCUGCCCACGGCCAGGCAGGAGGCAGUUCUGGUCACUCAGGGUCGCAACAAGGGCGCACAGACACACGUAGGCAGAGAGAAUCUGUGCACGCAGACUCAGGAUCCAGCACUAGCCGCAGACAGGGGCGCCACCAUGAGCAAUCAAGAGACGGCUCUAGACACUCUGGAACUGGACACGGACAAACCUCAACUGCAUCCAGAAGUGGCAGACACAGGGAAUCCAGUGUUGGCCUGGCCAGUGAUAGCGAAGGACAUUCCAAAGAUUCUAGCAGACAAUCUGUGACCACCCAUGGAAGGUCUGGGUCCAGCUCAAGGAACCAAUAUGGGUCUGCCCAGGGCCAGGCAGGAGGCAGUUCUGGUCACUCAGGGUCACAACAAGGGCGCACAGACACACGUAGGCAGAGAGAAUCUGUGCAUGCAGACUCAGGAGCCAGCACUAGCCACACACAGGGGCGCCACCAUGAGCAAGCAAGAGACGGCUCUAGACACUCCAGAACUGGACACGGACAAACCUCAACUGCAUCCAGAAGUGGCAGAAACAGGGAAUCCAGUGUUGGCCAGUCCAGUGAUAGCGAGGGACAGUCAGGAGAUUCAGGGAGACAGUCUGUGACCUCUCAUGGAAGGUCUGCAUCCAGCUCAAGGAACCAAUAUGGGUCUGCCCAGGGCCAGGCAGGAGGCAGUUCUGGUCACUCAGGGUCACAUCAGGGACACACAGACACACGUAGGCAGAGAGAAUCUGUGCACGCAGACUCAGGAUCCAGCACUAGCCACACACAGGGGCGCCACCAUGAGCAAGCAAGAGAGGGCUCCAGACACUCCGGAACUGGACACGGACAAACCUCAACUGCAUCUGGAAGUGGCAGGCACAGGGAAUCCAGUGUUGGUCAGGACAGUGACAGUGAAGGACAUUCCGAAGAUUCCAGCAGACAAUCUGUGACCACCCAUGGAAGGUCUGGGUCCAGUUUAAGGAACCAUCUGCACAUUUAAGUCAAGGCAGGAGACAUGGGUGCUAUUGAAGUGCAGAUUUUGAGUAUGGGCAGUCAUGGUUUUUCCAUUCUUAGGAUAGAAUUGUCAGUCAUUAUUCUAGCUAUAUAGUGUUCAGGAAGAGAUCUGAUUACCAGAAGAAUAACAGGCUAUAAUAUAAACCCUGGAAAAUAUGGCCAUUCAAAUUAUAUUUCUAAGCAGCCUAAAUUUGGACAUCAUAAGAUAUUUGUAUUAUGAAUCAGAAACUAAUAUUCUAAAAAGUAAUUAUCCCAGAGAAUCAGAAUGACACUUAUAUAACUUUUAGUGAAGAAAAUUUUCAUUAUACUUUCAGGGCGGCUAUCUUUUCUUAUCAUUUGUUUAAAAUUAGUUAUACUAUUUCUUUGAUUGGUGAUAGGUUUUUUUUUUUAUAUAUAGGAACUUUGAGCUUUAUAGUUAGGAAAUGGUUAAUGGGAGAAAUCAAUAUCAUGGAGUGCUAAAUUUGCAAAACCAUGAAUAUUUGAGGCGUUUGGGUUUAAGGUAAGGAUUUUUCUUUUGAGGGGUUAAAUUGCAGAACCUCUAGAGUGGUACCUUAAUAUCUGUCAAAAAUAUCAAAGAAACCUAAAAUGUAAAAUCACAGUUUUGUAGACUAAAGCUGCUGUAUUAAUAUUAGGGCUCAGCACAUGUGCCUCUAUUAUCCUUCUAUUGGGACUCUGUAUUAUUCUGUAUUCGUUAAUCACCUUGGGCACAUAGCAUCCAAAAAGUGACCUGCAUGAAAAUUGAAAAUAAACAAUUGAUCAUAUAUCAUACUGUGUC